GAGAACAAGUUUACCAAAUGUGAGGUGUGUGUUACCUUAAAACUCUGUCUCCAGUGGACUUCUGACAAGGAGAAAAGAAUGUCUUUCACCCAAAAGAGAAAUCAGCACAAUGAGCAGCAGAUAAAAAGUAGGUGUAUUACAUUUAUUGUAAAUGUUUGAAAUGAGGUUCAAGUUGUAACAACUCGUUUUAUUUACUCUGUCUCCUUCGCAUUCUGUAGGGCUGAGAAAAGGGCUUACUAUGGAAACUGCCUUAAAGCAGAAUUAUGUCCGAAAAAGUUCCUUUCUUUGAUCAUUCAGGGGCGGAUCUAG